UGACACGCGUGUGGAGGAAGUGCCCUGACAACCCCGUGGACUCACGUCUCUCCUCGCGGAACCGGGUAAACCGAGCCUUAUCCGCCCCCCACCGACAUGUCGUGGCUGUUCGGCCUGAACAAGGGGCCGCCGGAGCCUCCGCCCGGCCUGCCGGCGCAGCCUCCACCUCCUCCGCCUCCCGCCGGAGGCUCCAGCGGCGGGGGAGAUAAACCCAAGGACAAAUGGAGCAACUUCGAUCCCACCGGGCUCGAGCGGGCUGCUCAGGCGGCCAAGGAGCUCGACAAGUCCCGACAUGCCAAAGAGGCUCUGGAGCUGGCCCGCAUGCAGGAGCAGAGCACUCAGAUGGAGCACCAGAGCAAAAUGAAGGAGUAUGAAGCGGCUGUCGAGCAGCUCAAAGGCGACCAGAUCCGCAUCCAGGCCGAAGAGAGGAGAAAAACUCUAAAUGAGGAGACCAAACAGCAUCAAGCGAGAGCUCAGUACCAAGAUAAACUGGCCAGGCAGCGAUAUGAGGACCAACUCAGGCAACAGCAAGCGCUGAACGAGGAGAACCUUCGUAAACAGGAGGAGUCUGUUCAGAAGCAAGAGGCCAUGAGAAAAGCAACGAUAGAGCACGAAAUGGAGCUGCGACAUAAGAAUGAGCUCCUGCGCAUCGAGGCCGAAUCUAAAGCUCGAGCCCGUGUGGAGAGAGAAAACGCCGAUAUAAUCCGAGAGCAAAUCCGCCUGAAAGCAGCAGAGCACAGACAAACGGUCUUGGAGUCCAUAAAGACCGCCGGCGCUGUGUUUGGAGAAGGAUUCAGGGCCUUUGUGUCCGACUGGGACAAAGUUACUGCCACGGUGGCAGGGCUGACCCUUCUGGCUGUCGGAGUGUAUACGGCCCGGAACGCCACAGCAGUGGCGGGACGUUACAUCGAGGCCAGGCUGGGGAAGCCGUCGCUGGUGCGGGAGACGUCCCGCUUCACUGUGGCCGAGGCGCUCAAGCACCCAGUCAAGACGGCCAAGCGACUGAAGAGUAAACCUCAGGACGCCCUUGAGGGAGUGGUGCUCAGUCCCCCGUUAGAGGAGCGUGUGCGUGACAUUGCCAUAGCAACAAGGAACACGAGGCAGAACCACGGCCUCUACAGGAACAUCCUCAUGUACGGCCCUCCAGGAACGGGAAAAACACUGUUCGCCAAGAAACUGGCGGUGCAUUCUGGGAUGGACUACGCCAUUAUGACUGGUGGCGACGUGGCGCCCAUGGGCCGCGAUGGAGUCACUGCCAUGCACAAAGUGUUUGACUGGGCCAACACGAGUCGGCGCGGCCUGCUGCUGUUCGUCGAUGAAGCUGACGCAUUCCUCCGUAAGAGAUCCACCGAGAAAAUCAGUGAAGACCUCAGAGCCACGUUGAAUGCCUUCUUGUAUCGUACUGGAGAGCAGAGCAACAAGUUUAUGCUGGUGUUGGCCAGUAAUCAGCCGGAGCAGUUCGACUGGGCCAUAAAUGACCGUAUUGACGAAAUAGUGAAUUUUGCCUUGCCGGGUCCUGAGGAGCGGGAGCGGCUGGUGCGCUUGUACUUUGACCGAUAUGUGUUGGAGCCGGCCACAGGAGGGAGGCAGAGGAUGAAGCUCGCUCAGUUCGACUAUGGCAAAAAGUGCUCAGAAAUAGCCAAGCGGACAGACGGCAUGUCGGGACGAGAGAUCUCCAAGUUGGGUGUGGCCUGGCAGGCGGCAGCAUAUUCCUCUGAAGACGGCGUCCUGACGGAGGCCAUGAUCGACGCUCGGGUUGACGACGCCAUCAAGCAGCACCUUCAGAAGAUGGACUGGCUGCACGGAGAGGAGGACGAGGCCAAGAGCCUCACGCCUCCGCCGCCUGGUGGAAGUGGCAGCGCUGGAAAAAUGGGCUUUAAUCUGCCCCUCAGCGAAGCACCACAGGCUCAGGAGGUGAUCGCUCCAGCUCUCCAGGUCGCUACGAAACCAGAAGGGGAGGAUGUGCCGCCUCCGUCAGACAGCGGUAAAUUAGUGGAGGACAAAAGUGCCAUCCUUCCUGAAAAAGACUGCGGCAAAGAAGAGGCUGUGGCAGCAGCAGAGAGCUCAGACGGGAAGACGGCAAAUGAAGACAAGCCUGGAUCUUCUCCUCCAAAAGAGGGAACUCCAGUUUGAAGGGUUGAUUUAUCCAGUGGGGGCAUCGAUUAGAGUCCUGCCCCUUCAGCUAGUCUUGUCAGAUUAAGUCUAAAUGCCUGCUGGACUGUCUCAGUCCCAGAAGAUGAGGAUAACAAAUUACCUUUUCAAACCACAAAUGAUGCCUGAAACAAUUGAAUAACUGUACAAUGUAAAGGUGUAAUUUACUAGGAAACAAAACACUGAAUCUGUAAUCACACUAUAUAUAUAUAUAAAUGUUGUUCGACGUGGAGUGUCUUUGAAAGGAUUAAAUGGAGUCGUGUUUUCAUAAAAAAAAGAAAAGUAAAUUUUAAUCAUUCUGUGGUACAGUUGGAGAGGGACCAAACGUAUUGGUGCAGACAGCGAUGGAAAAUCACUGGAAUUGCAUGUAUUGCACUAACCUUGGAACACACUAAUAAUACACUGAUGGAGAGAUCGGAUACUUAUUAUAAAUUAAUAUAAAGAGUAGACGGGGGAACGCUGUGGUCCACGGUUCCAACUCGCAGUUAGUCCAACUGGAGGAAGCUUCUGAUGGUCAGGUCUUGUGCUUGGUUUGGGGAAAGAUGCAUGAUGGGGCUUCCUGUCAGGUUAUUUGAUGCUUUCAUGCUCAUUGAUGUACAGUCACACACACUUCACUCAUCCAGCAAUUAGUCCUGAUUAAAGGGAGAUUAUAAUGGUGACCUCUUCAACUCUGCUUCAUUAAAUUACAAAGCAAAUUUUAAGAAACGUCAGAAGCACAUGAGAACUAUGGCGAGUCAUAAAAGGAACAGGAAUUUAACUUAAUGAUCAUGUAAAAGUUUUACAUUUUUCACUCUGAAUAUAUUUAGACCUGGUAACUGUUGAAUUAACCUUUGUCCUCUCUUCAGCUGUGAUUAUUGGGAAGGAGACAAACUGCAUGUGGUCUUUCUCGGGCUUCGGUACCUUCACAAGUCCACUGGGGAGCAUGUGAACGGUAUAAUGUUGACCUUUCCAGACACCUGAAGCCUGCUCUUCACCUCUGCCUCUGCAUCAGGCACAUUCCGACUACACUAAACACACAGAAUGACUUCCCCUGUCGUAACAUUGACUUUUUCAUUGAAUACAAGUAUCAGAAAACAGCACACACAGCCACUGUUGGGUUCAAUCAUUUUCAUAAUUCAAGUGUCAAAAACUGCUCAUUGUGUGGAUUUCAGCAGGAGCGUGGUCCUUCUCAGUGUGUAUUGAAGGUGCGGCCCCAUAUGAAUGCUGUUCUGAUGAAUAUUUGCAAUAUUAACCAACUUCUGUAGGGAAAAGAUGAAAUUAGACUUUCUAGUUGUAGGAUGGCCUUAAUUAAAAAUUAAGCUUAGAUCUCAGUUUUUGGUAUAAUAUGGAUCAUAACAAUUUUUUUUAUAUAUAUAUAUAUAAAAUAUUGAGAAUUGUAUUAGUUAAAAAGAAAAGAACACUAAAAAAAAGAUAUUUCUAUAGCCU